GAAUAUCGUCUACGCUAACGGGUUUGAGAAUGCGUAAUUUAGUAUUGUGCCGUCAUAAGGCGCAUGUUAUUACGUAGAAGUGGCUACAUUGUUAGCCACCAACGUUCUGGAAUCAACAUGGACAAACAUGGAAUACUGGCAUAUUUAAACUAUUUAUCCUGACGAUCGGUGACAGAAAGUCAACUAUUAAUGUGCGCUGUUAAUAACACAGUUACAAUAAGAAUUGGUUGAUUUUGGAUCGGCUCAUGAUGGAGUGGGGUAUGGAGGGGGCGACAAUGUUCAAGGAGCUGGCCGCAUUGGAGACGCGGCUGCUCCAGGACGGCUUGCGCCCCAAUGCUGAGGCGGUGGAGCGGCUGCUUCACCUGUGGAAACUCUACCUGCGCACUGAGGGCAGCAUGAACGCCGCCAGGCUGGAGGUGAAGGCGCUGCAGGAGGCCCAUGACAGGGAAAACAUGGAGGUGCAAAAGAAGCUUGACCAAGUCCGGGUCCUGAUUGCCAAGCAGAACUCGUUGAAUGUCAAGUUUGAGGAAGAAAAUGAGCAACUGCAUGCUCAGCUGAAGCAGCAGCGCGGUGAUAAAGAGGCUGAGAAGAUGGAGGUGGCCGAGCUGCUUGCCCAGGGGAGCCUGGGCGAGAUCAUCUCCUCCAGCCCCAGUGAGCAGGUGGCCUACCUGCUGGCUGAGAGGGCCUCUCUCCUGGAGAGAUUGCAGGCUCUGGAUGUGGAGAAAUCUCCACCAUUCAUGGACGCUGAUCCUGCUGUCUUCAGAGAUGGCAUGGAUAAGCUGUCUUUCCACAUGGCGGUGCCGUCUCGAGGCCAAAGCUCCUGGAAGAAGCUCUUAGGACUCCCAGUCGUCUGGUGUGGAGCCCAUGGAUGAUAGUGGUGCUGAGCAGCUGAACCUGGAGAGAGACCUGGAUGAGGCCUCCCGCCGCCUGUCCAUGGCUCACAAGGAGAUCCGUCGGCUGACGGAUGAGCUGGAGUCCGCGCACAUGACCCAGAAGGCCUAUGAGACAAAGCUGCAAGAGGUUGAAUUCCUCAAGCAGGAAGUGGAAAACCUGAGACUUUGUGAUAUGUCCGAGCUCCAAAAUGCCAGAGAGCUGAAUGAGCGCCUGGACACGGACAUCAGGACUCUGAGAGGCCA